CCAGUCCUGGACUCUCCUAUCUGCUAUCUACAACACCAUGAAGCCUGAACGGAUCCUCUUUUCUCUGUAUCUCCUCAUCUUGUCCAUGCCCCUGCAGACACUUUCAGGCGUCCUAUUUCCUAUACGUCUCAGAAAACAAUUGUGUGAAAGUGGACAUCUUGGAGUGAGGCCAGAAAUCUGCAACUAUCCUCCGGUAUUCGGCACCUGUAAGUCAUUUCACACCAGAUUCUACUACAACACCUUGACGUUUUUGUGUGAGCCCUUCGUCUUCUCUGGCUGUGGAGGCAACAGAAACAACUUUAAACAUAAAUAUGUCUGUGAAAAUUUUUGUAUUCCUGAAAGAGACAAAGUCGGUGGAGAAACAUGACAGAAGGAAAAACAAGGAAAAAGGAAUAUUCCUUAUGGAAAAGUUUGCCAAAAUAAUUCUGAAAAAAAUUAAUUGGACUAUUCCUGGAAGAUUUUGAAUUCAGAAUUCUUGCUCAUUUCCUUGCCCAGUUUUGCCUUUCAUGCUAGAUAAAAUUUUAACUGAAAACUUCCUGUAUGUCAGCCCUGGCCUAAAUUCAUUCAUCUCUCCCAUCCUAGAUUAUUCCAAUGUAAAUUACUGAUGACCUCUCUGAAGAUACCAACCUACCCAUGUAAUGAGUUCAUCUAUAUAAAGACAAUUAUUGUUAAUA